AGGUCGUGCUUGGAAAAAUACUCCAUAUUAAUUGGUCAGUUGAUAGCUAUGCAAACUUUGUGUAAUGUUGACUGACCACUGGUAACAGGGUCAUUCACUGGAUUUGUGUGUGGGGUAGACAUCUGGAUGGUCAGUGACAUUUUCAGGAAGUACAAGUUUUUAUAUGAACAUAGUGCUAAAGUGGACCUACAAAACCAGUAUUUAGUGAACUGGUCAGUAAUUCUGGACUGACCAUUAUUGGAAGAGAGAUGAGAAGUUGAGAAAGUCAUGUGUUGACCAGCGAUCUUAAGGCCAGUGUGUGAUACCAUAUAGUUGUCCAAGACAAUCCAACAUAAUUCGCCCAGAUUUGUGACAUCUACACAGCAUCAUGCAGGAUCCGUACUCGGCCAUGAUGCAUCGUGACGACCGAUUCUUCAAACCAUACAGCACUGGUGUUCGAGGAGGUAAUGGGAGUGUGCCUACGUCAUAUUAUGGGAUGGGCUACCCUGCUCCCACCCACACGAUGAGCCACACAGACCUGGCAGGACUUAUGCACAGUGCAGGGCCUUCCUCUACAGGAUUAGACUAUUCUCUUGUGUCGUCCAGCAGUAAUCAUGACCUCAUGUCCCCUAUUCCCCCAAGCCACACUAUGCACCAUACGCCCACUACAAACAGUGGGGACAUGCAUCCAGGGAUUAAGCCCCUAAGUCACAUGAACAUGACCCAUAUGGGGUCAGGCGUACCGACAAGUCCCCCUUUGUCUAGUUCCAUGGUAAAACAUGAGGUGGAUGAGGAAGCAGACAAUUCUGAUUUAAAUUCUCCAUCCUCCACGAGCAGUAAUACCUCCGGAGGGCAUUUAGACCUCGGAAACGGUGAUGGGGAAAUGAACUUUAGAAUGCCCCCAAAGAAACGAGCUCUGUCUGUACCCGAUAACCAAAAGGAUGACCUAUAUUGGGAUAAACGUAAAAAAAACAAUGACUCUGCCAAACGGUCACGCGAGGCAAGGCGUAUGAAGGAGGAACAGAUUGCACUUAGGGUUGUGUUCCUAGAACAGGAAAACUUACAGUUACGGACAGAGGUUUCGCUACUUAAGAGUGAGAUAGAAAAGUUACGAUGCAUGCUGUACAACCCGUGAUAAUGGGUGUAUAUAUAUAUGCGUAUGCCAUGGAAAUUGUGUUGUGUUAGAAACGACAGCUGUAUGACACCUAUUCAACGCUCAAAUGUGUUCAAUGAAACUGUCACACUGUUUUCAUUUUCAUUUUCAAAGUGACCAUAUUUAUUUGCCUAGUAUCAUCUUUCCAAAGUCAGUUUUUGGAGGAUUUUUCAAAGCCAUUACUUUCUUUUUACAGCGCUACCCAAUCCAUAAUAGAAUCUAACAAAAUCAAUUAAAGGCAACUGUUUUGAAGAACAGUUCAUACCCAUAUCUCUAAGAGAAGCCUUCCUUCUAUUUAAACUAAACACAAGAAAAUGUGAACGGUUUUUUUUUAUUAUAUUUUUUCCGAUUUGUAAAUAAAAUGCAGAAGCUAUAAUAAAUGCGUAAUGCUAUGUCGAUGGGGUACUGCUAUAUCUACAACAUUUGGUUUUAAAAUUACCCAAAAACUGACUUGUGUAAGACAUGACCAAAUACGGGGAUUUUCUCGGAAAUAUCUAUUAUUCUCUCCUACGAUUCUGAGCUGAGGAAAAUGAUGUGGGAUGUAAAAUUUAUACGAACUGAGAACCUGAAGAGUUUCGUAGGUGUAUAAUGUGGCGGGCAACAGGAAAUAUUGGUCGUGUCGACGGAAUCAAUGUCUUUCUGUGUUACAGUGAGGCUGGCGAUAUUUCUAAAGGAAUUCAAACUGAGGACACAUCCUUCGAUUACCUAGUCCCAUGAAAUUGAUUGAUUUGAUUAAGUACAAUAGUUACAUAAGAAUGACCUAUAUCUAUUGGUGUUAGAUCAGGAAUACAUCACAAUUGUAUACAUCCCAUCAUGACAUCACGGUUGCCAUGGUGAUGGAAGGAAAUACAUCAGUAUGGGUACAAUGGGCAGAUCUAGACUAUUCCAUUAUCAAGUCUCAGGGUUUUGUGCAUGGGCAGCAUGGUUUCACUUUCGAACAUUAACUAAUUCACCCCUGAACACACAUUUGGACUCUUCCAAUUCAAAGGUUGGAAUAGUUCAUUAUGAAAUUUCAGGGGUUAAUGAGUUAAUUUAAUUUAAUGUCUACUCCGAAACAAACAUGCCUUAUAAUUAAUAAAUGAAAUUAUGAUUAUUUUUUCUAGUUAUCAUGAUCAACUUUUGUUUCAUUUUUAUUUUUAAACAAAUCAAUUUGAUGAAUCAUAGGCAGUUUUUAGCACUCAAUAAAACCAAAUCUUAAACCCCCCCUGAUUAAAAGAUUGAAAUUUCGUCUGCCUCAAUCUGAUUUUUAAUUAAAUUUUGUAUGUAACUUCAUGACAAAUUUGUAUUUAACAAAUAGCUACCUCAUAUAUAGAUAUUACCGGUGCCCUUUCAUUUUUAUACUGCUGAUUUAUAUUAUGAGCAGCAUUUAUUUCUGUGAUUGAGUUUAACUUACAAUGAUUGCAACCUUUAACUUGUGUCUGACAUUGUUUUGGUGAAUUCCAGUGUGAACAUGAGACCAAUCCGUAUAUGUAUGUGUAUUGUUAAAUGAUGUUAGCAGCUUGAGAGUUGUUAUAUACCAGAUUGAGAGAUAUUUUAUAGCAGGUUGAGAGAUAAUUUUUAAGGGUUUGUCAGUAAAAUUAUUUUACUUUAUGAAUCACAUUUGUGCUUAUUCUGAUUGCAAGACUUUUUUUUUCAUAUAUGUGUACUUUUAAUAAGUGACAUUGCAUUUUCUGGAUAGAACUACACUGAAUUUUUACUUACACUUCAAGUAAUUAACUCAUUCACCCCUGAAAUUACAAAAUGAACUAUUCUAGCCUUUGAAUUGGAAGAGUUAAAAUGUGUUUUCAGGGGUGAAUGAGUUAAAUCAAAUGGCUAUAGGAUCGAAAUAUUUUUCCCAAACAACUCUUUCAAGAUGUUUUUGUGAAAACAUUACAUACAGUAUAUAUAUGUCACACUUAAAUCUCAAUUAUUUUCUUUGGUUACAAAGUCAAUUGAAAACCGGUAAUUGAAAUUUUAAAAAAAAGGAUUUAUGUAAGAUUGUUAUUCAGUUUUCCUGGAGGAACCCUGAGAAAAUUAUAAAUCUUAUAGAUAAAUGCUUUCAUAGAAUCAAAGUUUUCAAAAAUGUUUUUUAGAAGACAAAUUUAACGUGGUUACGCACGAAAAAAUUCGAAUGUAUUUACCUGUAAAUUUUUUGACAGAUUUUGAUGUAAUUAAAACACCUCACAUAGCUUUCAUUUUGUUAUCUGCAUCAAAGGUGCCGAAACAUGUAGAAUUUAAUUGAUCACUUCAUAUGUGUGACAACCACAACCAAAUGACUUAAUUAAUAAAAAAAAGGAUUCCUUUAAACCUGAACAAUUUACAAUGAGUGUGUAUUCAUAUCAUUAUUUUAUCUGGUCCAAGUAUUACAAAAUCAUCGAUACAUAUUUUUGAUCACAUUAAUUCAAGUGACCUUUGAACUCAGGUAUUUUACAUUUAUUUUUUAUGUUUUUAAAUUGAUUCCGUGUAGCAAUAUUGUUACCUCAUUUUCUACAUGAGGAAUUUGUUAAUAAUUAAUUAGAAUCAGAUUUACAUACAGUUGGUUGUAUAUACAGAUGUGACUCAGGACUUAAAGUAACGGUGCUACACUCAAAAACACAAAGUCACAUAUACGUCACUCUCUUUUUUAUCAGCAAUUUUAACAUUUUUUUGACCUACGAAAGCACAUAUUGGUCAAACACUUUUAAAGCACUUUCGCCGUAAACAGCAUACUAGUGAUUUGGCUAUGAUAUACAUUUAUACAUUCAUGUUAUUGCACUCAUUUACGCCUGAAGACACAUUUGAACUCUUCCAAUUCAAAGGUUGGAAUAGUCCAUUAUGAAAUUUCAGGGGUGAAUGAGUUUAAGUGCACAAUAAAUAAAUGUGAGACACAAUAUGAAUGUGAAAAUGUAUUUCAUAGCCCAAAUCGCCAGUAAGCUAUUAACAACAAAAGUGUGUUAAAAGUGUCUGAACAGCAUGGACCUUUGUACCGACCUCAUGUAAAGUUGUACAUUUUUAUGUUUGAUACAAACCCGGUGAUCACUACGAAUAUGCAUUAUUUUCAUAAGAGGUACAUAAUUUUCACAUAGAUAAUUUGAGGUUUAGGGUACCAUCAAGUUUAAAGAUUACACUUUACACUUUACAAAAAUAUUUGCUUAACUUAUUUUCAACAGAAGAGAGUUCCAUAAAUAUAAGUCAUAUCUUGUGAUGCUUUUAACAGAAUAACAUUUACUGAUAUUUGAAUAUUU